ACCUGUAAAUUCACCAUCACCGCAGACAAAUGUUUUGUAAACUGAGGCGGAAGGAGAAGAAAAAGAGUCGUGUUUGGCUGGGAGGAAAAAGGAAAAGAAAAUGUCGAAGAGCGACGUGGAGGAGGAGCAGCAUGAGGAACUGCGACGCCGAAAGCUUGAAGAAGCCCUUGAAGUCAAAUCUCUUCGACGUAUUAUCAGCGCAUACCUCAAUUAUCCAGAUGCUGCAGAAGAUGAUGUAAAAAGAUAUGAAAGAUCUUUUGCAAGGCUUCCACCUGCCCACAAGGGUCUGCUGUCCCACCUCCCAGUAAAAUUUCAAAGACUGAGAUGGUGUAUUUCAAAAAAUUCAUUUUUCAUAUUUAACAUGCUUCAGGCAUUUGAUCCCCCAAUUGAUAUGAGCCAGGAAAUUGAUAUUUGUCAACACCAAAAUCUGGAAAAUUUCCCGGACUAUAAUAUUCUUGCUGGUGAAAGAAAUGCUUGCUCUUGCCAAUCUGCCUCAACAAGUGGAAGAGUAGCUUUAUUGAAAUCUGAUGAAGCUAGUUGUGGAGAAGGAAGCAAUAUAACAUGCAGGUCACCUGAUGGGUCGACCAUCAAUGAGGAGGUGACUGUUCUACACGUCAAUGGCUCCGAUACUGGGAGCUGUUCUGCACGCUUACAAUGUGAACAAAACUUAGAUGAAGCCAGUGGCAACAAUAUUAAGACUGCAAACGAUCAGUCAGCAAUGAGUUCUGUUGUUGAUUCCAAUGGAAAUGUAUCCUCAUCACCUCCUGAUUGGUUAGAUCCAUCAUUUCAGUUACAUGUCCCCUUAGUUGAUGUGGAUAAGGUUCGCUGCAUUAUCAGGAACAUUGUAAGAGAUUGGGCAGCUGAGGGGCAGAGAGAACGUGAUCAGUGCUACAAGCCCAUUCUUGAAGAACUUGAAAUUCAAUUCUCUGUUCGCCAGAAGGAUUGCCCUCCUGCCUGUUUAGUUCCUGGUGCUGGACUUGGUAGGCUGGCUUUGGAAAUUUCAUGUCUAGGUUUUGUAAGCCAGGGGAAUGAAUUUUCAUACUAUAUGAUGAUUUGUUCAAGUUUUAUUCUUAACCAGACUCAGACUGUUGGGGAGUGGACAAUAUAUCCUUGGAUUCAUAGCAAUUGCAAUUCACUUUCUGACAGUGAUCAGCUUCGUCCAGUUUCAAUUCCAGAUAUUUUUCCAGCUAGUGCAGGGAUUACUGAUGGCUUUUCUAUGUGUGGAGGUGACUUUGUUGAAGUGUACAGUGAUCCAAGCCAAGUAGGAGUUUGGGAUGCAGUUGUGACAUGCUUCUUUAUUGAUACAGCACACAACAUCGUAGAAUAUAUUGAAAUCAUUUCAAGAAUCCUCAAAGAUGGGGGAGUAUGGAUAAACUUGGGUCCUCUCCUUUAUCACUUUGCAGACGUGUAUGGUCAGGAAGAUGAGAUGUCCAUUGAACUAAGUUUAGAAGAUGUAAGAAGGGUUGCUUUCCAUUAUGGUUUUCAGUUGGAGAAAGAGAAGACCAUUGAGACAACCUAUACUACAAACCCUAGGUCAAUGAUGCAAAAUCGAUAUUACACUGCAUUUUGGACAAUGAGAAAGAAAACAGUGGCAACUGAGCAGCAGCAGCAACAGAUUACAUGAAUUCUUUGCCUCCGCCUUGUAUUUUAUCAUCUUACUGCUGAGUUUAUAGGUAUAUUUGUGGUUGUGUAUUAGAAUAUUUUAUCCUUCUAAGUUUCUUUUUCAAAUUGCAGAAUCGAUAUUACACUGCAUUUUGGACAAUGAGAAAGAAAACAGUGGCAACUGAGCAGCAGCAGCAACAGAUUACAUGAAUUCUUUGCCUCCGCCUUGUAUUUUAUUGCACGAUGGAACUGUAGCUUUUUCCCAAAAGAAAUGAAAAUUGCCUUAAAAAUGCACUUGUUAUUAUUACUGUCAUUAUUAUUAUUAUUAUUUCUCGUCUCACCAUAUAAUCUUGUUUUAGUAUGUCUUAAAGGGGAGCAGCAGGUAUAACCUUCCAAGUUUUACAUCUUAUGAUAUUGCGAGAGAGAGAGAGAGAGAGAGGGGUUGCUGCACCUUUUAUCUUUAUUUAUUAUUGUUACUUGAUAAAUUGUGCAUUAAAUUGUUUAGAUUAUUUUGCUA